UUCAAUAUAAAUCGUCGCGUAUCCGUUUAGCGGCCCCGCAGUAGCGCUGAGUAGCCGGAGAUACAAAGUACGUCGUAGAGGCGAAGACAGCCAUUGGGAAAAAGGGGUUUCGUUGUUUGUCUAAAAGUUCGAGUGUCGAUGGAUAUUUUGUAACGGUUUUUGUUGGAUUCGACGGUUAUUUUGAUUUGGAGUGCUCAGUUAGAGUGCAAAAUUCCAAGCAAAAAUUUCACUCGUAACCAAGAAAAGCAAAAAAAGAAUCACAAAGUGGAAGCAAUGAAAAAAUGUUUGGCCUGAAAAUGUGUGAUACAACAAAAACAACAACAUCAUUAGCAUGCUACAGAAAUAGCAAUAGUGAAAACAAUCAACAAAACAACAACUACAGCAGCAGCAGCAGCAGCAGGAGCAGCACAAUUUGCAUAAAGUGCAGUGUAUUGAAGCGUGCGCCAGUGCAGUUGCAUAAGACGAACAUCAACAACAACAACAACAACAACAACAAAGGCAAGCUAGUUACUAAAAUCAACAGAAAAAGUUACAGCAGAUACAACAAAGUCAACAAAAGCAGCACUUAUAAUAAAAAUUGCAAAUAUCAGUACAAUAUUGUUGCUAACAUAGCUAACAACAACAACAACAAUAAUAAAAUAAACUACUGGCGCAUAAAUUGCGGCAGUAAGGUAAACAGCAGCGGCAGCAGCAGCAACAGCAGCACCAGCAGCAAUUGUAAACAGCAGCGGCAGCAGCAGCAACAGCAGCACCAGCAGCAAUUGUUUGCUUUAUUGCUGGCCUUCAUAAGCGGCAAUUUAGCAUGUGUACAACCAUUUGCGGGUACAUAUAGUAGUAUUUGCAAGCAACAACAACAACAUGCGAAAGGGCGAAUGCAAUAA